AUGAGUACUUAUUCAUGAUAAUAUGAUAUUAACAAGCUCCAAAGCUAAAUCAACUUUGGGUACUUUUGUUUUGUUUUUGUUUUUUGCUUUGGGACUUCCCACAGUACUAGAAACAGACAAAGUUUUCUACUUUUUUAAUAUGAAAAGGCAAUGAGUUCUUCAAAUCCAGCUCUUGAAGUAUCGGUCUCGUUUGGUAGAUUUGAGAAUGAUUCACUUUCUUGGGAGAAAUGGUCGACUUUUUCCCCAAACAAGUACUUGGAAGAGGUUGAGAAAUGUGCUACUCCUGGAUCAGUUGCCCAGAAAAAGGCUUACUUUGAAGAACAUUACAAGAAGAUUGCUGCUCGGAAAGCUGAGUUACUGGCUCAAGAGAAGCCCGAUGAAGGAGAUCCGGUUCGUAAAUCUAAUGGCCAUGAAGUAGAUAAGCAAGAAAUUAACUUGUUAAGUGCGGUUACCGAAGGAGAUGAGCCGAAUCAGGUGCCUGAAAUUGCCAUAAAGUGUCGAGAUUCAUGGGUUGAGGAAUUGAAAGAGAGAAUAAAUAGCAUGGUAGAGAAUGAAGAGAAAACAGUAGAAAGUCCUGAAGAGUUAAACAAACCAGAAGAAACUUCUCUUGAAGAAGCCUUUUUGGUGAAAAAAGAAAUGGAAACUCCUUCAGAGGAGUUUCGAGAUGUUAUCGAGUUAUCGCAGAGAUGGGAAAAUGUCGUCGAUAGCACUCCCGAGAUUGAAGAUAAAAGCUUGAGAUUGGAUCAAUCUGGACAAUCUCAUAAGAUCACAGCAGUGAAUAAGGAGAGGAAUGAUUCGAGGAAAAAGAAGAAACCUGCCUCCCCUGUGAUUAAAACACCACAAGUUACCACAUCUAGAGCAUCAAAGCCGACAUUAACUCCUACGUCAUCUGCUCCGAGAACUCGAUUGAAAGCAGGAACUACAUUAUCUUAUUCAUCAAUCAAGUCCAAAAAUUCUUCUGUGGAGCAAAGCAAGAAAGUGACUCCUAGAUCCUUGCACAUGUCUCUUAGUUUAGAUCCCUCGAGCCCUGGCCCGGCUUCCCUUCCUGCAACAAGGAAAUCGUUGUUUAUGGAGAAAAUGGGAGAUAAGGACAUUGUGAAGCGAGCAUUUAAGACAUUUCAGAGUAGUUAUAAUCAAUUGAAACCUUCCACUCAGGAACAAUCUGCAGCAGCAAAAACGGUUCCUGCGAAGGGGAGAGAAUUGAGGGUUCCAUCUUUGACGACUCCACAAAAGGAGAAUGGCGGGUCUUGUAGAGUUAAUAGCAUGGAGAAAAAGAAUGCUAAGGCUGCUCCAUCUUAUUCCGGCUUGAAAAGUGACAAAAGAGCUGAGCGAAAAAAAGAGUUCUCCAAGAAACCGGAAGGAAAAUCCAAUGACAGGGAAGCAGCAAGAAAUCUACAGACUAAAUCAAAGGAUAACAAAGAUGCAGAGAUAAAAAAAUUAAGGCAGAGCCUUAAUUUUAAAGCUACACCCCUGCCAGGUUUUUAUCAUGGACAGAGAACAUCAAAAAGCCCCCUCGAUAAGAUUGGUUCCAAGAGUGACAUCCACCGGUAACCAAGCUUCCUCAGGUCAAAAAACAAUGCAUCAUUAGAAACUAGGGAGGGAAUAUCAGGAAUGUUUUUUCUAUAUAUAAAAAAGGAUGGGAAGGAAGAACACAUGAGGUGCACAUCGGCUUCGGAGGCUAACUACGUUUCCGGGCAAGGAAGGGUAUAUCUGAAAGCAUGUUUUAAUUGAGGAUCCAUGCCGUUUAUGAGUCACAUAUAGAAAUCGUCGCUGAUGAGUCAAAUGUGUUUAUAUUGAAUGCGUCCAUUUUGGCAUCAAGUUGGUAGAUAUAGUAGUAGCAAAAGUAUAUUGUGGGGUAUCUGAAUGUGUGCAACAAGAACACUACCGAAUGUGUAUCGAUUUAUCAAAUCCUGCUUGACAUUUGAGAUUGAAUCAAUUUCAAGUUUCAGUGACAACCCGUUUGU